AUGGGGGACGAUCCGGCACGGUUAUAUCGCUUGGACGGAGUCGCUCAUAUAGCCGGGGUCAUCAACGAGGAGCCCCAGCGAUGCAUUAGGAGCGUUCGGCGGCAGCAGGGCAUGCGACUUGAUGACAGAUACGUUCCGUACUUGCAGAUGGCAGGUCUAUACCAUCUUGCAAGGCUGAACGACCGAUGGUUCCGGCUAGACGAGGCCCUUGUCAGUGCAUUCGUGGAGCGAUGGCGUCCCGAGACGCACACGUUCCAUAUGCCAUUCGGAGAGUGCACGAUCACACUCCAGGACGUGGCAUACCAGCUGGGUUUGCCAGUGGACGGCCGUUACGUGAGCGGGUGCUUGUCAGAGUUCCAUAUAUACAUCGAGGGUGGCCGUCCAGCCUGGGUCUGGUUCCAGGAGUUGCUCGGAGUUAUACCUCCUCCCAGUCAGGUUCAGAAGUACGCAGUGAACUGCAGCUGGUUUCAGGAGACUUUCGGUGAGUGCCCUGAGGAUGCAGUGAUGACACUGUGCGCCGAUAUGCCCGUGCGUACAUCAUGA